AUGUUAUAUUUAGGCAAUGAGGAUACCCUGGGGAGGGAUAUCAUCAGGGCAAAGGAGAUGAGGGAGAAAGAUCUCCAUCUCUUUCGUUCUUGCUUUUAUUUUGUAUUUUUUUUGCUUCUCUCCAAGAUGAUCGGAGAACAAGUUUCUUUACCUGCUUCUGAUGAUCACAAAGCCCCACUUCUUCCAGUUCAGGAGGCUGUUGAAGGAACACACAACAGUGUCUUCUUCAUCAUGAAAUCAAUUCUGACACUACAAAACUUUUAUGUCAUUUUGGGACCUUCGUUGGCCCUUUUCAUAUGCCUCUUCCUGAAGCUCGAAGCUCCCACGAGCCAGAAAAUGCUUGGUGUGAUUGCUUGGGUGUUCACUUGGUGGAUAACCCAGGCCGUGCCACUUCCGGUGACCUCCAUGUGUCCUUUGUUUCUCUUCCCCAUCUUCGGGAUUGCUUCAGCUGACAGCGUGGCGCACUCCUACAUGAACGACGUCGUCACGCUCGUUUUGGGAAGCUUCAUUCUCGCUCUCGCCGUAGAACGAUACGACGUUCACCGGAGACUGGCCUUGAAUGUUAGUCACUCACUCCUUUUGUCUUUUACUUCAGUUUCAUGCACAGUAUAUACUUGUGAACAACAAGAUGUAGGCCCUACAGGUAACGUUGCUGUUUUGUACCGAUCCGGUGAAUCCGGCGCUGUUAUUGCUGGGGCUAUGUGCGACGAUAUUCAUGGUGAGCAUGUGGCUGCUGAACGUGCCGACGGCGGUGGUGAUGAUGUCGGUGGCGACGGGGAUCUUGCAGCGGCUGCCGCCGGUGCAGGAGCAUUCGGAGGAGAUGAAGAAGUUCUGCAAGGCGGUGAUUCUGACGGUGGUGUAUGCGACGCCAAUUGGAGGGAUAAGCACUCUGACGGGGACGGGUGCACUGCUCGCGCUUUGUCUUCUUACUUGGGUAAAGCUCACCUGAGAAGAGACCUCGAAGCUCUUGGUCCAAUGGAAUUUGCUGAGAAAAUGGUGUUGUCUAUAUUUGGGUUGCUUUUCAUACUAUGGAUGACAAGAAGAAUCACUGAUGACAUUCCUGGAUGGGGAGUUAUAUUCCACGGCCUUGUUGGAGAUGGAAGUGUCAGUGUUAUGGUGGCUGUUUUAUUGUUCAUAAUCCCAAAUAUGAAGGGAGAGGGGGAGAAGCUAAUGAGCUGGGAUGAAUGUAAAAAGCUACCUUGGAAUCUGAUUUUGCUUUUAGGAGCUGGUUUUGCCAUAGCUGAUGGAGUAGAAUCUAGUGGCUUAGCAGAUGUGUUGUCAAGGAUCAUGAAUUGCGUGCAAGAUACUCCAUACAUGGUCGUUGUUCCUUCUGUUUGUCUAAUAUGUAGCAUUGUUACUGAGUUCAUUACCUCUAAUGCCGCUACUGCCACUCUUCUUGUCCCACUUCUUUAUCAUAUAGCCAUAACUAUAUGCAUGUGCAUCCACUUAUUCUUAUGCGGACACAUAGAAAUUAAAGACAUGCUCAAAGUUGGUGUGCCACUCAAGGUGGUUGGGAUUGCUGUUUUAUCCCUUCUCAUGCCCUCACUAGGAACCAUCGUUUUUGGAACAAAUACCGAUAUCCAAUAA